AACUCAAAAUGGGAAAACGUAAACAUGUUCGAGAUACAAAUAAUAAAGAUGUUUCCGAAGGCAAAAAACCAAAGGAAGAUGUCAUUUUGCCACCUGUGGUUAGCUCAGAUGAACCAGUUCCACGACAGAAAAAGUGGAUUAAUAAACAGCGAGUAUUAGUUUUAUCAUCUCGAGGCAUUGGUUAUAGAUCACGCCAUUUAAUGUUAGAUUUACGUUCGCUCCUUCCUCAGUCUAAGUCAGAAUCUAAAAUGGACACAAAAGACAAAUUAUUUGUUAUAAAUGAGAUGUGUGAGAUGAAAAAUUGCAAUAAAUGUAUAUAUUUUGAAGCCAAAAAGAAGAUGGAUUUAUACAUGUGGGUAGCAAAUGUACCAAGGGGACCAUCAGCUAAAUUUUUAGUGGAAAAUGUACAUACUAUGUCAGAGUUAAAAAUGACUGGAAAUUGUUUAAAAGCAUCCAGACCAUUACUCUCAUUUAGCAAGGAAUUUGAAGAAGACGACCAUUGGAAACUUUUAAAAGAAUUAUUUGUACAGACAUUUGGGGUUCCAAACCAUCACCCUAAAAGUCAGCCAUUUUUUGACCAUGUAUUUAGUUUUUCUGUCAUGGAUAAUAGAAUCUGGUUCCGAAAUUAUCAAAUUCUAGAAGAAGAUGCCUCGCUUGCUGAAAUAGGUCCAAGAUUUGUUCUAAAUCCUAUUAGAAUAUUUGAGGGAAGUUUUGGAGGACCAACAUUAUAUAUUAAUCCACAUUAUACAUCACCCAAUGAGCACCGAAGAAUAUUAAAGAAGACUUUAGCUGCUAAAUAUUUAAUGAAAGUUGAAGCUAAGAGAGGACAUGAGGCACGAAAACCAACUAAUUCUUCGUAUGAUUUAGAUCCCACUGAUGAUUUCUUUACGAUCAAUCCAGAAACUUUAUCAGCAACUAAAACAUGAUCUGUAGUUUCUAGUUAAUUGUUUUGUGUAAUAUUAAUGAAAUACUGAGAAAAUAAUUCAUUAGACAUUUUUUAGGUGAAAAAAAUCUGCUCCAUGGUAUAUGGUAAUUUGGAAAUACUUCUUUUUUGGUAAUAAAUUCGGUUUAACACCAGAGCUGUUGAUCUGGCUCUGUUUUCAUGACAUGACAACUCAAAUGUUUGAGGAUCAAUAUCCUCCGUGGAUCAUCAAGUAUAGGUUAGCCAUUAUGUGUCAUUCAAUGUCUGUCAAAUGUAAAAAUUUAAUGACCAAUCACUGAUGUGAUACAAAGCCUUCAUUCGCACACUUCCGUUUGUGAAUAUGUAUACCCCUAUCUACAAAGGAUGCAGAAUGUUACAUGGGAUGAUUGGAUCGAUCAAGGGGCAUUUGGUCUUAUGUGUUUCAUUGCAUUGAACUAGCAUUUUGUUCAUUAUAUACUUGUGUCAAAUAAAUCUUGGAAUCCAAAGAAGUUAACUGAAUAUGUGUUUAGAAAUAUUCAAGGAAUUAUGAAAUCAUUCAAUAUCUUUGACUGAAAGUGGUCAUAUAUCAUAGACCCAUACAGGAACUAUUUCAAAUUUAUAUAACAGCUCAUCUUUUGUAUGUAUUUUACAUAAACUCAUUGAAAAUAAAAACUAGAAACAA